GCUGCAUACAAAAGUCAAAAUGCUUAAAUAGUCCAAAAUCCUUCACAAACUAAUACUUUAUAAUAACGUAUCUAUAUUUUAAUGCUUCUUACGUACAGAUAUUAUUAUUUCUGCUAAGAUGAAUAUAGAUAUUCAAGAACAGGACUGUGCAGUUUGCCUGCAGAAAUGUCACCACCCAACUCAACUUCCAUGUGGCCAUAUAUUUUGCUUCCUCUGUGUUAAGGGUGUAGCAAUCCAAAAUAAAAAUUGCGCAAUGUGCCGGGCACAAAUACCUGCGGACUAUUUAGAUCAUCCUGUAUUAUUAGAAAAAAAUUCUCAACAGCAAUCAGCUGAUGAAAAUGAAAGUGUUGAAAACCAGUGGUAUUAUGAAGGGCGAAACGGUUGGUGGAAGUAUGAUGAGCGUAGUAAUAAUGAGUUGGAAUCAGCAUUCAGUGCUGGUGACACUAAUUGUGCGUUGCUCUUGGCUGGAGCUGUAUACACGAUAGAUUUUCAAAGCAUGAUCCAGUUUCGUCGUAACGACCCGACUCGCAGGCGACGCGUGCGCAGAGAUACGCCAACGUUACCUGCCAAAGGUGUAGCUGGAAUAAAAAAUAUUGGAAAUAGUAAUUCAGAACAAAUGAAAACAAAUGAUGAAGAUAAUGGUAAUGAUGAGGUCAUAAUAGUUGAAGCGCCUGAAAAUGAAGUGAUAAUAAUUGAGGAUGAAGACCAAAUUAAUGAAAGUGACAAUCUUGAUGAGUCACUUGAAAUUGUCCAUGCUCUGAGCACGAUACAUUUGGUGGACCCAGAGUCGCCUAGUAACGUUGGGAAUGACUCGGCAGAUGACACAUGAUAAAUAUCAAAUUACGUACAGUAGCGUAAAUGAUGAAUUUAUACAGUAAUAAAAAAGUAAACUACAUAAAU